AUGCCGAGAUUAAACAAGCGGUUAUCACAUUUAUUAACUGAUAGCAUAUUAAAAACAUUAAAUCAAAGGAAAAUAUGUACUGUACUUGAAUUCCUCGAGCAAGAACCGGAAUACUUGGCUGCUCUUCUGAAAAUAAGUUUUAAGCUGAUUGUCUAUCCGUCAGUUUUGGGUCGUGACUGUCAUGUGGGAGUACUCGGCUCAGAGCGCUUGACAGUGCUGAAUCUGAAGAGAAUUUCAUCACCUAGAACACUGUUUGUUGGGCAACAGCCAGAUCCCGUCGACAUUCUGCCAAGAUAUUUCGGCCCAGAGACGUCCGGCCAUCUUGAUGAUGUGAUACAGAUUCGCAGCUCUCUUAUAACUGAUUACUCAGCGUUUCCUCAUAAAGGAAUCAGCAUGUACAAUGAUUUAGUAGCAAAUUCAGCACUUAUACAGACAGGCAUUAAAAGCAUUGACACAAUAUUGGAAGGUGGCUUGCUUACAGGAAACAUAUAUGAGUUGUGUGGUCUUUCUGGUGCAGGGAAAACCCAAAUUUGUCUUGCAACAACAGCACAUGUAACAUCAAAUUUGAAACAAAGUAUAUAUUACAUUGAUUCAAAUUUGUCUUUCUCAGGGGAAAGAAUGCAGUCAAUAUUGGAUGCCAGAUGCCUUGAUGAUGAGGAAAUUGGUAAUAUAAUGAACAAAGUAAAAGUGGUAAAUGUUAGAAACAUUUAUCAGCUUUUUUCGUUCUUACAAAAAUGGAAAGAAGAUCUCCAGGAAAUGAGGGGAGACUACAGCAUUCGUCUUGUUAUUAUUGAUUCAUUACCACCACUAUUUUUUAAUUUUUAUGGAGAAGGCCAUAAUGAUGGUUUACCACAAAUGAACCAUCUAAGUAAUCUCAUAAGACAUCUGGCUCAGGAGCACCAUAUUGCAUUCCUUGUAGUAAAUCUUGCUACACAAUAUUUUGAGGGAGAUGGACUGCUUUCAGAAGGGAAAAUUAAGAAUGCUUGUGAGGAAACAAAGAAUUAUUCUAAUGUGAAACCUGCUCUUGGAAAGUAUUGGCUACAUCUACCAAAUACAAGACUUCUUGUGGAAAAGAGGCCGUGCAGCCAAGAAGCUCAAAUAACAGUUACAAAAAGUGCCAGUAUACCACUAGGAAGAAGUUGUAAAGUGAAUCUAAAUGGGAGAGACAGUCUAUGAGUGCUGUUAUAUCUUUUGAGAAAAGUAAUUGAUCUUGUCAUGCAGUUAUUGAAAAAUGUGAAAUAUUUCAUAUUUUAAGCAUGCAACACUUUUCUCCUGUGCUAAAUAUCUUUUAUGCCAUGCUAAUUCAUUUUUCAUAUAUGGGUAAGUUUUAAGUGCAAUCUCUGGUGAUUUUAUUAUUGUAAAAAAUUCUCAUUCCUCAAAUAAGUUGUGUAUUGAUAAAAUACUGGUACUAUAUUACUGAAGAACUGUUUGAUUCUCAGUGUUCUGUAUUAGUAUUCUUUGCAGUAUGUUCCAUAAUAAGUUUGCUUUAAGAAACUCAGGGAAAUUGUAAUAAUGCUGAAAUAGUACAUUUGUAGCAUUAUAUAUUGUUAUACAGUGGUUAGAUAUAAAGUUGAGGGAAGUGAAUAGCUUACAAUAAAAUGUGAACAGUUUUGUAUUUAA